AUUUUCAAGUCCGACAUUUUGUCUUGAUCGAAUAUUCCGAACAAGUUCGCUUUCUUUUCGAGGAAUAUGGCGUUGAAAGAAAGCGAACUUCGGGUUUUAGGCAUACUUGGCCUAGUUAUUGUUAUUCUGUGGGCAUUUUUUGGACUAGUUUGGAGUUUUCUUCUUGUGUUCACAUUCCUGAUUUACGCGUAUAACUUUGGAAGGCAGCAGAGAUAUUCUUCGCAUGAAAUAGGACAAGACGAACCGGAUGUGCCUUUUCAAGAGAAAAUGCACGACUAUUAUUCGGAAUUUCAGGAUAUGCAAUUUACUGGCUCACCAAAAGGGCAAUUUACGCUCCGAUCACCUAUGCCAUUGCUGUCUGAAGUCACCAAGAGGCUUAGUUUUAAUACGAGGUAAGCUUAUUAAUUACGCUUAAAAAUGUUCCAACUAUUUUCUGCUUAUAGCUUGCCUUAACCUUCGUUAAUGGGAUAAUUUUUUACUUUUAAAAAGCUCUUUUUCUAAUGGGGGGUGUCUAUAAUAAUGCAUGAGUAAAUGUACACAGUUGUACAUUAAAUAAUUAUUGUACUUCCGUUGAUACGCUGAUAAAAGCCUGCACAUUCUUUGAUACCUGUAUAUACUAUGAGCCAUUCCAUAAAAAUUCAAUAUACAAACCCUCCCCCUCCCUCUACCCUGUAAGCAGUGGUUUUUCCUGUCUGGACGCUAAGCUACGAAGGGAGAGAAACCACUACAAGUGACAGGUUGCUCUUCCAUCAAGCAUGCCCAUCCACGUGUCGCCUAAGUCAAAACGUCAAAUGACAUCACUUCCUCUUGUUUGGCAGGAAACAUUAGGAACUUUAGGAUUCAUCAACGUGAUGGUGACAAGAAUGUAAAAAAAGAGAACAUGUUUAAUAAGCAAAACGACAACCGUGCUCAUGCAUCACACAUUUUUGUACAGUUCUUUGCCAUUAUUUUUUGCUCGACUAUGCCCUGGCAGUGCCAAAUUUUGCAUUUUAUAGAAAAUGCAAACAAACAUUGACAAAAUUUAUUUUUCUCUUUCUGAACUUGGAUAUGGUCCUUAAGAAUUCAACUCCAGUGGGCUUUACCUUCAACUGACAAAGAAAGUGGGUGGGAAUAAUCUGAUAAAGACUGAAAGAGUGCAAAUUUACAGCAGGCUUACAUUAAGGUUGCAGUUAUAGGCGUACAAUGUAAGCAAAUGUAUAUUAUAAAAGAGAAAAAUAUGAAAAAGGUUUCUCAAAUAUUGGGUGUGUGAUCACUGGUAAGUUAGAGUGUACAGUGUAUGCAACUGAUGUAUCUUUUAACCUUUUUUGUUUUUUUUUGUUUUGUUUUUUCAGUUCAAUACCCCAGUAUUCACCACAUCAAGCAAGGAAACCAUGGCAUAAUAACAGAGAAUUACAUAACCCAUAUCAGCUAUCAAGAGCGAGCCCUGUUGCUUACUGGCGUAAAUCAAAUCACUUCAGCCUGUUAAACCCAGCAUUACAGAGACCUUCCACUGUUAAGAUUGCUUCACCAGAUGUCACAAUUAAUAGAACAUUUACUUUGUAAGUCAGAGUAAUUAGUAUUAUUUUUUUGAUCAUGUACUAUGCAUUAUGAUUAUUUAUAUCUUUGUACUACAUCUAUUUAGCUAGACGUUAGCAUUGUCGGUAGUUUCUCAGAUGUGCAGGCCAGUAAAAUCACCAAAUGACGCAAUACAAAAAGAUUAAAAGAGACUGUAUAAUCCCCAAACCACAGCACAAAAGCAAAACAAGAAUGGUUUCUGCAACACCAAGAACACCUGCAAUGUCUUUCUGGUUUCAGUUCUCAUCUUGAUUGGUUAGUCUCAGUGUGCCACUUCUUGAGCAAAUGAUUUGUUUUCUUGAAACAAAGCAAUUCAUCCUUGUGGGAAUGGGUUUUUUAGAUUGCAAAUUAUCAGAGAUUAAAGACCCACACUCAAUACUCAACUGGACUCCAUCUGUGCGAAACUCUUUGUUUGUCAUUUUUCCACUUUUAUUCUUAAAAUAAAUGUACAUGCCCUUUUUGCACUUUACCUUUCUAUAUCUAGCCAAUUUUUGGAAACCCAACGUAAUGAAAUUUGCAGUCAUUUGAGCGACAAGGCGUCAAAAGGCAGUUUUCUUAUGCUCGAUAAGCUCCGAAAUCACAGUAAUGAAGGAAAAGGAAAGGAGGAAAAGAAAGAGCAAGGAGUAGGAAAGGAGGAGAAGAGAAAAAAGCAAUGGUUACACUCUUAGUUUUUACAAUGGCUUUCUUUGGAGGGAGUUUUUGGCCGGAAAAAAAAACUGUUGGACACAAAAGGUCCAUUUGAUUGUAAUGUUUUCAAAAAUCUAGCUAGAUAUACAGUGUAUAUUACCACGAAUCCUGAUAAUUUCUUGUUGUUUGACAAUGAUGACAUGAGACCAUUGAAAUGUCAAGUUUCUUUCAUAUUGUCAAUUUUUGUUUUAAUUUAAAUUAUGACAUGAUUUUUUUGAAGAUCAAAUAGCCCUUUAAAAAGAACUACACCAGACCCAACAAAUCCAUGCAGCAGAGCUACUGUCCUGUCUGCCCUAAAGGAAAGCAGAAAAAGAAGCUAUGUUGUUGAUGAGGAAGAUGAUUUAGAACUUUCUCUACGACCAACAAAAAGGUUAGUGAUCUCUUUUUUAUCCCUAAAGGCUGGUGUUCACAGGGAACAUAGUCAGAUUCAUAAACUGUACACUUCUGUUUAUGACAACGACUCCCUUGCUUAAUGCUAGUGAAGACCAGCCUAUGAGCAAGCUUGUUAUUUAUGCUUGUUCCUGUUUUUUAUUGCUGCUUUUUUCUGGAUGGAAGAGGGGUGCAUUGGAGAGGAAAUAGAGACUCCAGGGGUUGUUUUCCCUAAUACUUAUCCACUGGAUAGUGAUUAAUCUGGUGGAUAAUGCUAUCCAAAGUUUGAACAACCAGGGCCUGGUAGAAAUGUUUUGUCCCAUUAUGUGACCCCCUAGAAAUUUUUGUAUGAUAUCUCAAUAUUUUUUGUGUAUACAAAUGUUGUGAAAUAUCUACAAAACAUGCCUCUCACAGAUCCAAACUUUGCAACAGCAGUGUAGCAAAAUAUGAAGUUUGUACAUUUUCCUAUAAGAGUCAACUCUCUCUUAAUAAUGAACACCUCUACAAGACAGGGCUUCUGACAGGUCGCAGAAGAAAAAGUCAAAUUUUGCGGUAUUUUUAGGGAGAAAUUCACGGUAAUUUCACGGGAGUUUUCAGGGCAAAAUCGUUAAAAAACGGCCGAUUUUGUGGUUAUUUUCAAGGCAAAUUUCACUAAAAAAUCAAUUGGUUUGCACUGAUCAGACCAGCGUUUUUAACGUUUUUCUAACAGAGGUCUUCAUUUGCUCUUUCAACAACAAUACGCUCCAGAAGUGAACCAAUGGCAAAGCCUUUAACAUCAUGGCUAGUGCCCAGUUUUUUGCAACAUAAUCUAUGCCUGGUAGUUUCGAAAAGUUGUUUGUACGUUUCAGUGAUGAAGUUCUAAGAUAAAUUUGCAAGUUUAUGGCAAGUAAAUAGCCCCAAUAGCUGAAAUAAGUUUCAAAGAUGUACAGACAUAUAUUUGAUAAGAUUUCUACCGAAUUUCGUGGUAUUUUUCGUGUUUUUGUGAAUUUCGUGGGAUUUCGUGGAUUUACCUGAAUUUCGCGGCUCCGCAACCGCAUGAAAUAUCAGAAGCCUCGAUAAGAUGGACACCUUGGUAAAACCUACAAUUGGUUCCUGCCUUUCUCCACUCCCUUAAUUGAACUCUAAGACAAAUGUCACUCUUAGAUCCAUGCACACUAACCUUAGUUUGGGUCUGAAAGGGGACCGUCAUUUAGAGCAUGGCCCAUACAAUCUUGAAAAGGUCUUAAAUUUUAGUAGUCGUUGUAAAAAGUCGUUGAAGUUAGUUAAAGUCCUUGAAAAGUACUUGAUUUCUUUAUUAGGUCUUGAAAAGUCUUUGAAAUUCACUACCUUGUCUAUUCCAGACACAAUUUUCUGUAAAACUAGUUUUUUUUUUUUGCUAGGGAAAAUUUGGCUCAUCCUCUAAUAAACAUCAUGGGUAACAUAAUAAUAUUCUUAUGCAUGAACAACAUUUUUUUUUCUGUUUCUUUAUUUCAAAUGCUAUUUCUGUACCUCAGAUGCAAUUGUAAGUCAUUUGCAAGUGUUGUUGUGAAAAGUAAAAAAUAACGUGAUCAACUAUGGCUGAAGAAGUAAAAGUCGUUAAUGACUCUAUGACAUGUUUUUGCCAUGCGUGAGGUGUUCAAAAGGGGGUUAAAGAAUGCCAAUUUUUAAUAUAUUGAAUAAAUCUUAGUUCUUGAAAACUGUAAUUUGUUAUUGAAAAGUCGUUGAAAUUUGUUUGUCUGAAGUUGUACUUGUAAACCAUGUAGAGAAUUGACACGACUGUGUCCUUAUUUUCAAUCCCGUGCUUCAGGAGAGGUACUAACCCAGUUAGCAGUAAAACUUUGGAUUCUCCUGAUGGAGGCCCUUUCCUGAGAUCCAACAGAACGUUAUCUGGAGGUCUUAAGAGGACAGCCAAUCAGGACAGUAAAGAAACAAGGAAAGAAGAAAAUAUCAACAAGAGAAGCAAGAUCAUAGAUCAUACUACAGUUCAACCUGCUGAGAAGGCACAAGAUCAUAGAAAUUCUGUGCUGCAGAAAAGAAAAAAUGUUGAAACAGAAUUGGCACACGUAAGGGUGUUAUUUUAAUUAAUACUUCUGUGUUAAAUACUCAUCAACAUUUUGAGCAAAUUCUUUUUCAAAUAAUUUAUAACAGAGGACAAAUCUAUAAUCAAAAAUGUAAAAUGUUUAUUUUGGAAGACUAGUUCACUUAGCACACUCAAGAGAGCACUCUGAUUUUAGCCUUCUUGAGGGCAUGGGAAGAGGAUUUUUCAAAAUGGCAAGCUGACUGGCCUUGGUCAAAAGAUAGUCAAAACGUUACUUCCUGUAAACACAGCGGAAAAAUAGCUGGCCACAGAUUAUUUCUAAGAAUGAUUCAGGGGCUUAACUAGGGUUACCAAGGAACAAAACCAUUUUAAUAUUUUCAGUCUAGUGCACUAACCACUCAGCCAUGCUAUCUCCUGAUGUAUUCAAAGUCAGCUCUGUAGUAGAUCAUUAAUUUUUUUUGUAUCAGUUUUCUUAAGACUUGUACUAAAUUUUAACAGGCUGCUAGCAAGGAGGAUACAGAAGGAAGUAGAUCCAAGAAAAUCAAGAACAAGAAUUAUACUUCCACUGGGAAUGAUGAAUGUCGCAGGUCAGUAUUAUCUAUUAGUCUUUGCCUGUUUAAUGGAAAAGCAUUAGUGUACAUUUUCCUGGAGAAAGUCAAAAUAUUCUAGAAAAAGAAUUGUACACACAAUUAUGACAGCGUUAUAAUAAUUCACACUUCUUCCUUUGCAGACAUGCAACAGUUGAAGAAGAAGAUGCAGACAUGGGAGAUAGUAUAGCUGUUUCUGAUACAAGUAGCCAUGAAGAAGAUACUAGAUUAAGUGACAAGGAACACAAGGAGAAUUCAUCUAAGAGAUCAUCAACUUCUCAGAAGGAAAAAGAUGAUGUAAAAAAGCGCAAAGAAACUAAUAGAGUCACUACUGUUCACCAAGACAGAGAUGAUGCCGCUCAGCAGUCAGAGCACAAGACUGUAGAUGCCUCCAAGAAAAAGCAGGUACAUGUAUGAAAGUGUGUGGUUGUUUUUCUCAAAGCUGGUUCGAUGGUGUUAAGAGCCAGAGUCAUAAUCAGCAGCCUUAGAAAACAGCCAACAUUUACGAUGCCACCACUGGUUUCCCCGGGAAAUGACAUCUGAGAAACAGGUGCAGUAAUUCCAUACUGAUGACUCAUCGCUGUCCAGGUCUGGGUAGUGACUCUGAUUGGUCAUGCCGUGAGGGAAAUUUGCUUCAACCCAUUAGUUCAAGCACUACCCAAAUCUGGGUAGUAAUGCGUCAUCAGUACGGAAUUUCUGCGCUUGUUUCUUAGAGGUCAUUUCACAGGGAAACCAGUGGUGGUAUUGCAAAAUUUCAGCUUUUUUCUCAGGUUACAAAAUAAUAAUGAGAAACAUACAAGAGCUUAUGAUCUAGUGAUCUGAAGCAGCCUUCCAAUUCCUCUUAAGACUACAUCCUGUACAAUCUAGUGAGAACUAGCUCAUGAGAAUUGAAAGCAGAAUCUGAAGAACUAAACCAAUUACAGUGCCUGGUAGCAAGCAUUCUGAUUGGUUUAUCCCUCUGCUUCUACUUCCAACUCCAACAAUCUGGUUUUCACCAGAUUUUUAGUGAUGGAGUCACGCCAAGUAAGAAGAAAACAGAAACUUUGUUCUUUUAACUUCAAUUUAACUUCAAUUUAAGUUCACAUACAACUAUUUAACAGCAUUUUUGAUGUUCAGUAGCUAAUAAGAACUCUUACAACACUGUUUCCAACUCUAUCACUAGAUUAAAGCAGCCUCAGGCUUUGAUACUUAGUUGCCGAAAACCCUGCAACUUACAAAUUUGUUUGUCAAUGUGCGCCAUUUACGUGGUUGCCACAGGUCAGGGAAUGGUCAAAGAGAAACAAAAUUCUGCAAGGUCAGGGAGAAGAGAUGAAGAACAGUUAGUACUAUACAAAUCCAUUCACCCCAUACUUGUAUGUGCAUGUAGCAAAGUUAUUAAAAUAAUGCUUUGAUUGCAGAAGCGAUUUAUGGUUCCAAGGUUUGCUUCUAAAGAAGAUUCACGACGACGAGCUGUACCAGUUUACUGUGCUUCUAAUGAGGAAUCUGAGAUGGUAAGAGCUCUUACAGUUUACAAGUAAACUUGUUUUGUUUGUCUAGAUUAUAAUCAUACAUAAACAUCAUCACUACAAAAAGAGCCAUAACUCUUACAUUUCACCACCAAAUCAAGUAACUAAGGGCAUUUGUACUGCUGUUGUUUACUGGCAGGAUCUUGCCAUCUGGGAAGCUUCUGCAUGCGUGAAUCCCCCUGUCUGUGUUCAGCUUGAUGGCAGCAUGAAUGAAUCAUCUGUAUGCUCUUAGCCAAUGGGAAUGAAGACAUGAGGUAAAAAAUGAUAAUGCAGUAUUAACAAACUCUUUUAAUGAAUUUUAGCCUCAAAGAAGAAAAGUGAGCAGAAAGAUUAACCAGGAGCAGAUCAUCAUUGAUCGCAAGCUAGCGUGGGAAAGAGUCCAAAAAUUUCUAGAUGAUGAUGAAGAGGAGGAAGAAGAGGAUGAAAAGGAAGAGAAGUCAAAGUCAGGUAAAAAUCGUUAUUUGCUGUUCUUUUCAUCUUUUCCAGAACCGAAUCACCCCAAAGUAGAUACAUAGAAUAGACAGACAGACAGACAGACAGACAGACAGACAAGGCAGGCAGGCAGGCAGGCAGGCAGGCAGACAGACAGACAGACAGACAGACAGACAGACAGAUAGACAGACAGGCAGACAGACAGGUAGACAGACAGUUAGAUAGGUAGAUAGAUAGAUACUUUUUUUAGUGAGGGUUUCACUUGAUAUCCAUCUCUCAUGUAAGGCCUACACUUUAGAUCAUAGACAGAGUCAGUCCCAUUUUAUUACUUGUCUGGUUCAAAGACAUGAAGAUUUUUUUGCUGGGCAAGUGACCUUUAAAGCUCACCUGCCAAGCGUUGGCCUUUGAGAGCAGGAAUUCAAGAUUUUCAUUUUAAUUCCAUUGUCCCGCAAAGCUUUAUAAAACGGACAGUUUAACUAGUGUUUUCUUCAGGAAAUUCAAGUGGCUCGUACAUGAAUGUAUGAUUUCUGUAUGUAGCUCUCUAAUGGGUUUACUUUUUAGAUACAGAUUUUUCAUUUUAACGCCCUCUUUUUACUUUGUAGGAGCAACAGCAGUGCCAUUAACAACUGCACCAACUUGCAUCUCUUCAUCCUUAUUAAAGAUCCCUUCUGGUAAUCCUGUGUCAAGCACAGGAAGUCUAACCACAGUAACCACUCAAAGCCUUGUCACACCAGCUCUGUCCACGGGAUUUCCAAAACCAACCACAGGGAAGCCAUUAGCAACUGCCAUUUCCCUGGCCAGUCAAACAAAGCAAGGAAAUGGUGCUCUUGCCCAACCCCAAUCCUCGGCAGGGUCAUUAUUGCAAUCCCAACAGAGUUUACUUGCAAACUUGUUAACAACCGGGGCAGUGUCGUCAACAGCUGCUACAAAACAAGAUAAUUUGGUUACAGCCACAUGUGCUAGUGCAUCAAAUCUUAGCCUGGGAACUUUACAAGGAAAUACACCAUUUACAUCAUCUGCGACAAGUUUGAGCGUUCCAGGAUUAAAAACAAAUUCAUUCUCUUCAUCAUCACUUGGAAAUUCUUCGUUCUUGAAAUCGAAGGCAACUGACAAUUUAACUUCACUGGCAGAUUCUUCAAAUCAAAGUACAUCUACAACUACUUUUCAACUAAGUGCAAGCAUAGUUCAGUCAUCAGUGCGAUCUUCACUGCUUUCAAGUCAGCCAUCUUCCCAGAAAGUUGAUUUUAGUUUUCCUGUAGUUUCUUCUUCAGGGGCAUUAACAAGUGCCGUAACUACAACACAGGGAGGGUUUAAAUUGUCAGUUCCAGAUGUAACACAUAAUACUUUUGGCUUAGAGACGACUGGAUCAAAAAGCAGUUAUGGGGCUGCAGUUAUAAACAGUAAGAAUACUGUUACGUUAACAACAAGUACUUCUCAAAAUCCUUUAACCUUUGGAGUAGCAGGAAACAAUUUAACAUCAACGACGCAGAGUCCUUUUGGAUCAAUUGCUAAAUCUACGGCUGUUACAUUCACUGCAAAUUCAUCAGGCAUAUUUGGGCAAAAAACUGCAUUCACAGCUCAGAAUUCAUCUGGUUUAACAACACAGAACAAAGGAGCAUUUGGUUCCACUAGCUUGCAGUCCUUAUCAGCGUCAACAGGCCAAGCACAGAGUGCCUCCAGUGUUAAUUUUGGUGCAAGUCCGUUUACUCAGUCUUCAUUAGGGACCCAGCCUAGCCAAAUUGCUUCUCAGAAUGCCUUUGGAUCCAUUCCUACCCAGAAUGCUUUUGGAACACAACAGAGUCAACCAGCUUCCCAGAGUACUUUUGGAUCCAGUGCUACCCAGAAAGCUUUUGGAGCACAGCAAAGCCAAGCAGCUUCCCAGAGUGCAUUUGGACCUAAGAGUGCAUUUACUUCAGACGCUGUUAAAACUCAGAAUUCUUUUGGAUUGCAAGCUGGACAAACUUCCAGCCAAAGUGUGUUUGGAAGUCAAAGUGCUACCCAAAGUUCUUUUAGGAAUCAAGCCGCCCAGAGUGCUUUUGGCUCUCCACAGCAACCUCCUACCCAAAAUGUUUUAGGAACCCAAGCUACCCAGAAUGCCUUUGGAGCUCAACUGAACCAGCCGGCCAAACAGAGCGCUUUUGGUGCGCCUACUGAUCAGGCAUCGAAAUCUGCUUUCAGCUUUGCUCCAAAUGCUGUUCAACCCAACAUAAACUCACCUUUUAGUAGUUUUAGUAGUAAACCUUCUACACAGAAUGCCUUUGGGGCAACAGCUACCCAGAAUGCGACAGGUACCUCUGAGGGUUUCCAAUUUGGUGCAACCGCAAGUAAGGCGACACCAGGAGGAUUUACAUUCAAUGCAGCAGGCAACAAUACGGGUAGCUUUCAGUUUGGUAAGUUUUUGAUUUGAUGUUAUAGUUACCAACAUUUUGAUUAGAGUGCAGUUACAUGUUUUUACGGUACUUUAAUGCGGACAUCAUAAAACUGAUUCCCAUGGAACGAUCUUAGCUGUAUAUCGAUAGUAAUGACUAGUCAAAUCCGCGUAGAAUUUAGUACGGCAAAAACCCACAUAUACGAAACUGAAUUGAGAUUAAGAAACACAGGGUAAAAUUUAGCCUCUCUGAGUCUUACCUAACAUCAUCCUCGGAGACCCAGAGGCAGAUAGUGGGGGCGAGGGAAAGCCUAAACCGGCGGAAAAAUAUCGCACGAAGAAAAGUAAAGAACGGCGAGAAGAGCCCCUGGGGACAAUGUCUUACCAGACCAGUUCCAAACGGUCGCCGCCGUUCUGCCUUCUGAUUGGGCAGAAAAACACAAACGUUUUCUGGCACCAUUUCAAUAUAUUACACAUAUUUCAGUUUAUUACCGAAUGUUCGGGGGUACUUACAUAUGCCGGUAUGUGAUGUUUAAACAUGCCUGUACCUAAUAACCUGAUGAACUGACACAUUUACUCAAACCUUUUUUCAUUCAAUUAGGUACAAGAGGUAGCAGUUCGUUUAGUGGUUUUGGACAGGCAUCAGUGCAAGGUACAAGUAACUCCACCCUAGCUGUAUAUUGGCCAUAUGGUAUAAGCUCCGAUACAACCAAGUGAUAAAAGACUGGGAAAAUGUGUUCUUCGUGAUGGAGUUGCAAAGAAGACCCAUGCAUUUUAUUGCAACCGGGAACAUUUGUUAUACCGUCGUAUUUUAAACUAAACUUCUCUGUUUGGUUCAUUGUUCCAUCAGUUCGAUUUCUUUGUCUGUGUGGUUGUUUUACACGCAUUUUCUUUUUCGUAAUUUCAGCCCCAGUGGCCAUGCCUGCACCAUCCAUGCCCAGCGGUGGUUUCAACUUUAAUCCCGGGUCGACUGGCACCAUGGGAACUGCAUUUGCAUCCUCUACGCCUGCGCCGUCAUUUGGCGCUCCAAGCACACCACAAGGUGCAAGCAGUACGCUUACAGCAAAAACGCGGGCUCGCUUAACCGCCCGACGAAGAGGCAAAAAGUGAGAAGUGUUCACGUGACAAUAAAUCAAUGCGCUAAACGUUGCGUUAUUGAUGGUUUCAAGUAUUAUGUCCCGGUGAAAAAUACUUUGAUCAAUCAGGCUUUCCAGUGAAAGGGAAUUUGUCGUAUGGCUACGAUGAGAGGAGAGUAUAGAAUUGUAAGGACUUUUAUAGUAUCCAAUCCAAGCCCUUGGAUUGAAUUUGCACAUCGUAUAGUCUCAGUGCCGAAAGUUAAACAGUCUUAAUGAAGAAUAUUAUAUUAUUGCUGGCGUUUUCACGAGUGAAAGCGUUCACUGAUUUACGGCGCGAACGUGAUGUUAAAGACAAAAAAUACGAAACUAGUUAGAAUCCGUUAUGGCUUCGUAUACUUUGGUAGAAUUCAAG